AGAAACGACUGGCUAUAAUCGCGUAAGCGGUGUCUACGCCAAUUAAGAAGAAGAAGAAGGUAGAGGCUACGCAGGGGUUUCUUCCAACUUUGUCACGCAUUUAAAAUUAAAACGUGCUGACGCUUACAAAAAAUAUAAAAAUAUGAAAUUAGGCAAAUUUGGUUCACUGCAGGAAUGCGUCAAUGGCAAAAUUUUACAUUUGAUUGUGGAUAUAGCAGCAUCGUCGUUGACAGACAGUCCUUCGUCUCCAUAUUUGAGGGUACUGGACUGAAAAUAAUGAGCAGGCAAACCGCGAAAAAAAAGUUUGAAGAUUCUUACCAAAACAUGUUGGCAAAAAUAAAAGAUGAAAUUUCUUCUGCUGAAUAUUUUUGUACAACUGCUGAUAUUUGGUCAGGGAAUAAACGUAGUUUUUUUGGUUACACUUGCCAUUGGCUGACCAAAGAUUUUCAAAGACAUACGGCAGACAAAGUUGGGCAGAUGAUUGCGGAACUUAACAAUUACUUUGCCCUUGAUAACAAAAACAUUGUUAUGACUAUUACCGACAAUGGGUCAAAUUUUAUUAAAACUUUUAAAAACCAUGGAUUUGACAAUUUCCACCAGAGAAGAUGACAGCGAUGACGAACUGUCUUUCCGCGAAAAUGAGUUUUUAUUGCCAAAACACCAUCGAUGCUCUAGCCAUACUCUGAAUUUGCUUGCAACGACCGAUUUUUUGAAAAUUUUGAAAGCAGAUCUGGCUGUUUACGAAAAACACAAAAUUGUUAAGUUAAUUAUUAUUAAGACUUGAAUACAAAAUAACCAAAAUAAUAUUUUUUUCAGAUUUUUGAAAAAUGUAAUAGCCUUUGGAGGAAGUGCAACUGGCCAAAGUCAUCAAAAGUUAUUGUCGCUUAUUUAGGAUCAAACUUGGUUGUGCCCGUUGUGACAAGGUAGAACUCUUUGUAUGAUGCCGUUACAAAAAUAAUACAUCAUAAGAGUAGGCUUAAUAUUUUGUGCGAACAAUUAAGUUUGGCACCUUUUUGAUUAAGUGACGUUCAAUAUUUGGAGUCAUACAAGUUGCUGAUGACUCCGAUUGCACAGGCGUUAGACUUUUUUUUUUUUCAGGGGGAACAAAAUGUGAAAUUUGGACUCCUUUUAGCUGUACUCAUUACAUUAAGCAACAAAUUGCAAAAGCUGCGUAAAAAGGAAUUUCACCUAAGCUCAGUCGCUGCAAAAAUUAAUCUGGCCCUGUGGAGCCGAUUUGAAAUUUUUUUUAGUUUAUCCCCUGAAGCAAAUAUUGCAAUCACAGCCGCUGUAUUGACUCCAGAAGUUAAAAUGAAGUGGCAGCCUGUUCUGGAAAGAUCCACAACUGGCAUAAACAAGGAAAUAGUAUCCAGAAGGGUAAUUCAAGAAAUAUGUAGAUUCGCGGAAUCAUCAAAUCUCGCUAUUCAAAAUAAUUUGAAAAGUAAUGAUUUGAAACACAGUUCGAGCUUUUUCGAUUUUGAUGAUGAUGAUGACGAUAGAGCAAAGGAAACCAAUAAUAUGGAAACAGACCAAAUUGAUGUAGAACGCGUGGUUUCCGAUCAAUUUUACGCGUACGUCAGUGAUGUUUCUGACGGACCAGAUGUUUGGGAGAGAUGUCCCUUGUUAAAGCAAGCAUCAAUAUUUUUCAAUAUACCUCUAACUUCGUCAGCACCGGUAGAAAAACUGUUCUCCUUUGCCGGAAUAGUAAAUACUCCACGCCGUGGAUGUUUGAAAGGCAAUUUCUUCGAAAAGUUGGUCUUACUCAAAGCCAAUGUAAAAUUUAAUAAGUAAUUGUUAUUAUUAUUGUUUUUAUUUAUUAAGUUUAUGUA